AUGGACACCAGUGCACAGCAGCAAGAUGUGCUGUCAGUCGCGGACGAUAUCCUCAGCGCGCCCAUGAGCGCACAGGACGGCCAACAGCACGACUGGACUGAAGAUCUUGCGCAGACCGCUCACAUACGCCUCUUCCGAGAUACCGACUGGACCCGUAACGGGCUGGCGCCCCUUAAAGACUGGGACUCGACGCUACGACUGUAUGCCAACUUCGUGUUUGCAGACUCCCGGGCAGCUUGUCUUUGCAUGUUUCAGUAG